AUGGAAGGCGCCCAAACAGCAUUGAAGGUGUCGAUUAUCAAGUUCUUUCUUCAGUCAGGUCAGUUAAAGAGGGACGUGGAGGAAGUGAUCUUCGGCUGCUUCCUGAUCGACGCCGAUAGUCACGAGGCGAUGAAGAUGAGCAGAAUGGAGAUGAAGUGCUCGGAGGGGGUAGCGACGGCCAGACGCCGACACGAGCGCGGCCUUCCACAUUUGGGGGUCUUUGGUGGGUUGUUGAUGGGUUCGAUGGAACGCAAGGGGGCGGUGGGAUCAGCUAGCGCGAAGAUGUUCGCCGACAUGUGCCAGCUGAUCGAGACCAUGGGCGCGCGGCUGAACAGGGGACCUCGUCAAAUUUUAUAA